AUGGCGUACCGCUUAAUUGUUAUAGCUAUAGCUAUUCUCAGCUUUCAGUCCUUGAAUGAGGCUAAGCGACCUUUCACCAUUGAAAUCAACAAUUUUACAUGCCGAAUGCUUGAUCCCUCAUGGGGACACGAGUUCAGCUGCACUAUCUAUAGAAAGCGCAUUGUUCCAGUGAUGUAUGCACGCUUCAGCCUUAAGGAAAGUGCCAAUGAUUUUAAUCUGUGGCUCGAUGUGGGAAUUCUCAAGAAGGAUAAAACCAAAAUCAGCGUCGGGCGUCACAAACUCGAUGGCUGCAAAUUCCUGGAGUCAUUUUACAGCAACAACAUUUUUGGCAAAUUCUUCAAGCGCAUCCUCAGUGUCAGCAACUUACCCAAAGGUUGUCCAGUUCCAGCUAACACAGUCUUCGAGAUACGUAAUUACACAGUUUUAGUGGACGAAUAUCCGCCGAAUGUGCCAGCUUUAACUCAUCAAUUGACUUUGCAAAUUGAAAAGGAUAACAAAAUCAUUGCCGACGUUUAUAUUGAAGGAUCAAUUAUCUACUAA